UGUGCAUUAUUUUCGUUAUAUAUAGUCUCAUAAAAAUAUAAUUUCACUGAAAUUCAAGAAAAAAUCUAGAACAAUGAAGAAAUUAGAUUUUUUCUGUUCUUCUCCUUCAUCAACUUCUAUAUGUUCUAGCGUAGAUCAUCGUUCCAUGGUUCGCCACGGAACUCGACCUAUCGAUCACCAUCACCUUCAUCAUCAUCUUUACGAUACUUCAAAACCUAAUUUUUCUUCUUGUUCUUCAUUAUCUCAGUUACCCAUUAAUCCAAAACCUAAUUCUCCUGCGAAACGAAGCAAUUUUCAGAGAUCGAAAAGCUCGGCUGAUUAUAAGUAUUCCGCAGCUAAUUACAAGCGAAGUGAUGAUAAUAAUAAUAACAAUUUACGUAGAAAAAGUUCGGCAGAUGUAAGAGAUUUUGAGAAAACUAAAGCAACCGAGUCUUCUAGGUAUCUUUUGAGUGAUAACGUGGCUUAUAUUGAUUGGAUUUCACCGUCGGAUGCUCUGAUUCUUGAUCCUCAUCAGAAUUUAUAUUCCAAGGCUAAAGAAAGAAGAUCAAGUGCUAGCAUUUCAGAAAAUGUUACUCCUGCUUUGAAAUCGUCUUCCUCAACUCGCUCACAUGACCAGCAAGUUGUGGUUUUGUGGGUGUCAAUUCAUUGCAAGGGGUGUGAAGGAAAAGUUCGAAAGCAUAUAUCCAAAAUGGAAGGAGUGACAUCAUUCAGUAUAGAUAUGGCGACCAAGAAGGUAACGGUGGUCGGGAAUGUGAGUCCAUCGAGUGUCGUUGCCAGCGUGUCAAAGGUGAAGAAAGCACUGCUCUGGCCAUCUCCGACAUCAUCAACUCCAUCCCCUUCUCUCCCAUGGUCCACUUGAUCAACACUUAUCGAUAAUUAAUAAGAUAAAUAGUUAUAGUUUUCCAUUUUUCAUAAUUUUUAUGUGUUUGAAUUUUAGUUGUUUAAUUAGAUGUUUAAUUUAUCAAGAACCCUAGUUUUGUUAGUUAGAAAAAUGUAAAUUUUUACUCCUAUUAUGUCAUGAACAGAAUCAUAUAAAUGAAUCUAAACCCUAAUUUAGAAUAUUAAUAAAAGAAUAUUAUGGUGUUUGAACUUUUUUAAA